UUAUAACGAACAGCAUUGGUGCAUUGUAGAUACCUGUUUGAAAUCAGACGAAAGUUGGAGGAAAUUCGUGAGGCAGACUGUCAUGGCGGGCGACGAAGAGCAGUGUUCAAGAGACAAAGUGAUGGAAUCCCCCCCUCGCCAAGAGCGCUGCUUCCUCACCCCGCUGGACCUGCUGUUCGAGUCCGCGCGGCGCCUGACCUUCGCCAGGUGGGACGAGAGCCAGCUGCCGUCGACCCAGCUGGCGCGCUCGGGUUUCUUCUUCACGGGCGUCAAGGACCACGUGCAGUGCAUCUUCUGCCUGGGGAUCCUUGGAUGCUGGAGCCCCGGAGAGGAGCCGGACGAGGAGCACCGGAGGCAGUUCCCCGAGUGCCCGCUGGUGACCGGGGCGCCGACGGGGAACAUUCCUGUCGACGCUCCUUCGCGAGAGGGGGCGGAAGGGCGUCUCUAUCGGAUGCUGCGCGAGUAUUAUUUGUUCAGGCUGAACAACAUGCGGUUUUCAGGGGAUUUCCCGGAAGGAGGCACGCAGACCCCGGCGGACGCCUACCCCCAGUUCCGGACGCCGGCCUCCCGCCUCGCCUCCUACGUCGGGUGGCCCGCCGAAGUAGGCCUAUGCCCGCAGGUCCUCGCCGCCGCCGGGUUCUUCCACUCGGGCAGAGCAGACUGGGUCCAGUGCUUCUCCUGCGGCGGCGGGGUCUUCGGCUGGCAGAAGGGCGAGCAGCCACUGGAGGUUCACCUGCGAUACUAUCCGCUGUGUCCCUUCGCGAGGGCGGCGGCGGCGCCCGCGCUUCCCUCGGGAGUCGCGGGCGGGACCAAGAGAGCUUUGGCCAUCCCGACGGAGGACGCGGAGCUUCUGCUGCAGCACCCGCUGGCCAAGCGCCUUGUCGAAAUGGGUCUCCCUCAGUCGGUCGUCAAAGGAGCCUUCAAGCAACGCCUCGAGACCUAUGGUGCCAUCUGUCGGACGCUUUUGGAAGCAGUGGAGUUGACCGUCGAGUACAAGAAACCAGGCAAGCACAACCCGCAGCUGGGAACUUCUUGUACAAGCAGGUUCUCCCCUCCAAUUCAGACUGAAUCUCCGCAACAACUAAGUUAUUUUUCAACAUAUAACGAAAAAGCAGAAAUAUUAAGAAGAGAAGUGGAGGACCUAAAGCAGCAGCUCCAAGCCCAAGAGAAUCGCUUGCUGUGCCGCGUGUGCAAGCAGGACCGCGUGGCUGUCGUCCUCCAACCUUGCUCGCACCUGCACCUGUGUCUUUCCUGCGCGAGACCGAGAGACACGUGUCCCAGCUGCGACCAUCUUAUUAGGGGGACGCUCCGGCCUAUGAUCCCCGGCUGAUGCGCUUUUGUUUUUGUUUUUUAGCGUCCCUUACUUCCGUUUUAUGUUUGUAUGAUGGAGAGUUUGGUCCGUUUUUUUUUGUUUGUUGGAUGUUGUAACACAUUCAGAAAUAGAUCUGUACCUUCUUUCAAUAUGGAUGGUUUAAAAGAGGCUUAUGAGGGGGGACUGUUCACUUUGUCAACAGAUUUUAAUUCCACACACACACACA